AUGUCCCCAAUAAAAAAAUGGAAGCGUGGGCUGUGGGGCCUCCCUUCCUUCUCCUGGUGCUGCAGCAGUAAGAUCAUUCUGCACGAGCUGGCUGUUCGCCUGUUUGCGACAGGCUGUGUGCCCUCUGUGGCUUCGGGACUUUUUGUGGCCUCUGCCACCGUGAAUGAGGGCUACGGAGGCCCCCGCGUGGCUGCGCUCGGCCGCCCGGGCCGGCCUCGGGGCGUGAGCGUGCCGCCCAGCGCCGGCGGUGUCCCCAGUGCCUGGCCUUUGCGCCGUGACCAGCGGCGGAGGACACCGCAUUCCGAGAAGCGCUCAGCGCGAGCCGUGCAGGACUUACGGGAAAGCCUAACUAUAGCUUCGGUUCCUCUCGGACGAAUGGCCGUUGUCCGGUUCCCGCCAGCCACGGCCCUCUGGGAGAUGGAUCGACAGCGGCUGAGUCGUGACCGCAGCUCGGUGUGCCCAGAUAAGCGGAUGCAACGGCACGAGAAAGUGGGAUUCAUCGCUGGAGAGCUCAUCUCUCGCCCAGCCCACUCUCCGCGCGUGUUGAGGUCGUCGUGUGGCUCCGUCCGGCUGAGUCGGCAGAAUGCCCAGGCCCGUCACAGACAAGCGAAGUAUUCCGAAAACAAGCUCAAGUCCAUCAAGGCCCGGAACGAGUACCUGCUGACCCUGGAAGCCACCAACGCCUCCGUCUUCAAGUACUACGUUCGCGACCUCUCAGACCUCAUCGACUGCUGCGACCUUGGCUACCACGCAAGUCUGAACAGAGCCCUGAGAACGUACCUGUCUGCAGAGUACAACCUGGAGACCUCGAGACACGAAGGCCUGGACAUCAUCGAGAACGCCGUCGAUAACCUGGAGCCCAGGAGCGACAAGCAGAGGCUCUUGGAGAUGUUCCCUGCUGCGUUCUGUCCCCCGCUGAAGUUUGAGUUUCAGUCUCACAUGGGCGACGAGGUCAGUGACUCCUGCGGAGUGACCAACCUGCUGUCCACUCUGAUGCUGGAGCUCACACAGUGCAUGUGUAUGGGCGAGGCAGUGCAGGACUCGGGACAGGUCAUCCCCCUCAUCGUGGAGAGCUGCGUCCGCUUCAUCAACCUCUACGAUUCAUACCUGGGACUGAGGUUGCUGGGUCCUGUGGUGAGCCCGCUCCCCACAACGCGGUCCCUGGCCUGCGCCGCGCAGCCGCCAGGACGCCCCCGUUCCGUCCGGAGCCCGGCCAUUGCUGGUGUCGUGCCGCUGGGCGCCGCCGGGCGCGAUCAUGAAGUCAGGCUCAGCCAGGUCGCAGAGGUGCCCGACUCAGGCCCCCCCCGGGAGGCCGACCUCCCUGCGGAGGGGCGUGACGGGGUGACGCGACCGUACCCUGACAGGCACGCCCUUCCACACGCCCAGCUGGAGGGGAAAGUGGGUGAGAACCCGCUGGCCGACGACCAGAGCGACCACGACAUUAACUCGGUGGCCGGCGUUCUGAAGCUCUACUUCCGCGGGCUGGAGAACCCCCUCUUUCCUAAGGAAAGGUUCAACGAUCUGAUCUCCUGCAUCACUUACACGGCCGUGUAA